CAGAGCCUCGUUCACAAGCUUUUUUUUAAGGGCAGGGCUACUGUAGGUUUCUCAUAUAUCGCAGUAAAACAAUGAGUUGUCAUUUUCUUGAAACUAGCUAGCAAAGUUAACAACGUCUUGUCACCUGGACUCGUUUAAAAGCUGCCGAAAAAGGUGUGAAAAACCCAGCAGUUAUGGCCACAGCCCAGUCGGUGCUGCUGCUAGCAGUGAACAUCCUGCUCAUCUCAGAGUUCAUUCUGGCCAAGAGGGACUACUACGACAUCCUGGGGGUUCCCAGAGAUGCAAGCGAGCGGCAGAUCAAGAAAGCCUUCCAUAAGCUGGCCCUGAAGUAUCAUCCUGACCGAAACAAGGGCCCAGACGCUGAAGCCAAGUUCAGGGAAAUAGCUGAGGCGUACGAGACGUUAUCAGAUGAUAAGAGGAGGCGGGAGUACGACCAGUUUGGCCAUGGCUCGUCAUCAUGGGAGGGCCGUAGAGGAGGUGGCGGCAAUGACUAUAACUUCAACCAGCACUACCAGUCGUUCAACUUUAAUUUUGAUGACAUUUUCAAAGACUCUGACACUUUUGGUGAACAACAACAACAACACCACCACCACCAUCACCACUUUCACUCCCACAAUCAAGCCCACCAGAAGAGACACUUUGACAGCCACUUCCAGGCCCACCGGGAGGCCAUGAACAACCACAGAAAGCAAUUUCAGCAGAGGGCCUUCGGCGGAGGACUCUUUGAUAACAUUAUUGACGACAUGGAGAAGAUGUUCUCCUUUAAUGCUCACAACGCCAGGACUGAGGACAGGUUUCAGGGCUCAGGGAACCAGCACUGCAGGACAGUGACUCAGCGUCGGGGCAACAUGGUGACCACCUUCACCGAGUGCUCCUGAGACGAGGACAUCGGCGCACUUCAGCCACUUGGGACACUUUCUGGAUUUCUAGUUGUGGUUUUGAAAUUCGAAUGCUAAUUUAUCACUAAGUGGAAGACAGAAUGGUUUUGUGUGGCUUUUGUAAUUUUCUCUAUGUACUUUCCUCUUUGAACAAAUAUCCAAGCUGGCCUGAUGAACGGCUGCUUCCAAGCAAUAACUCAUAUUCAUUGUUGUUAGGAUCGUUGAGAUACCUCCUCAUUAUUUAGCUUUCCAGGUUUAUUGUGUUUACUCGUGUGGUUUUUUUUGUUUUAUGAUGGUACAAUCUGUUGGACUCAGGUGUGGUCUAAAGCUAAAGACACAAUAACAUGUCUAAACAUGUAAUUCUCCCAAAUUUGACUUUACAGCACUUGUAUCUAAUAUUGCAGGCUGGCCAUUAUCAACUGUUACCUCGUUUAAGUUUCUUCCUACAGAGUAGUAUCUACCUUCAUUCAGUCGGGGUAAGAAAUUAACAUCAGUCCCAUGACAAAUACUGGUAAACCACAGGCAGAGUUUGUGUCGUCACGCCGCUGUUUUCUAAGCAGCUGUUUUGAUGAUUACUUCAAAAAACAACCUGGGCUCAUCUGCCAGUGAAGCUAAAUGGUCUGAAAUGUUAAGGUUUCCCACACUGAUCGUAAUGUGCAAUAUUUAGCACCUUUGCUCUACAUGUUGCCUAUCUGUCACAGACAGUGCCGUGUAAAAGUCAUUGUCUAACGUCAGCACUUUGUGUGCAUGUGUGUGAAUGUGUUGUGUGUAUGCGUGUGUGUGUGUGCAUGUGUGCUGAGAGAUAUCUGAAUGUCAGUUUGGUUGCAUAAUGUUUGAAGAAUGAAUAAAAACUUGGAAAAGCAAA